AUGGAGCACGGUGGCCUAACGCAGAAAAUGCAACUCGUCCGCACCAGAUCCGGGACCCCGUCCUCGCAAAGGCAUUCUCCAUUGUCGCUUGUUGUCACGCCAAGCACGACUGACCAGAACAAGCUCGCGUCUGCCCUCGUGGCUGCGCUCAAUACCGGUCCACGCGGCUAUCAACUGCAGUGCCUGGGAAACUUCAUCUGCAGUGUUCCGUCCCGCAUUGGCCACAAUCCCGCCCUAGACGCUGCAGUUUCAUGCGUUCUACAGGCUCAUUCUGACCUAGUACGCGGUGCCACCGAGAUACCUCAAUCAGCCCCUGCCCCUCUGAAUGGGAGGCACCCUCUGCCCAGCUCGGAGUACAUGGGAGCACUGCGAAUACUGCAAGAAGUCAUUGAGCACCCAGUGCUAGGGUUUUCAUCCGAGACUGUGUGCGCCACGAUUCUAAUGACACACUACGAGAUGAUGGUCACCGAGAGACGUGGCUCUCAGUAUCUUGCUCAUGCUGGAGCAGCUACUAAACUGAUCGUCCUACGAGGACCACAGAAUAUGUCCUCGAUUUUCGAGCAGGAGCUAUGGCGCACACAGCGGGGGCACAUGAUCCUGCAGGCAUUCCUUCGACAGGAAGACUGCGUCUUGCUCAGCGACGGCUGGCGGGACUUUCAUUUGGACGUGACUCGGAACUUGGCUUCAUCGUUGGUAGACCGGCUGGUUCAAAUCUUCAGCGCUUUGCCGUCUCUUGUCAAACAAGUGCGAGACAUCCCUGCCGCAACGACUUCCAUCGACCAAGUUAUCCAAUAUGGAGAAGAUCUUAAUCAAAAACUUGCACUCCUGUCCGCCGAGGCUCAGCAAUCCUCCUCGAACACUCUUCUGGUUUUCAAGCCCGCCACGUCUCGGAGCGAUGACGGAACAUUUCCAUCAGUGCUCAAUUUCCAGUCCACCGAUGGUGCAAUCUUUCAUACCUGGUAUUGGGCGGUGACAAUCAUUGUCGAAGUCUGCAUCAUGAACAUCUACCACAGGCAUGAUGAAUUCCCACGACGAACGAGUCUAACUGCCAAUGCAGCAGCACGCAAGAUCUGCAUGUCUUACGAGUAUGCCGUAACGCUGAAACCUCUCGGGGCACAGUUCCUCCAAUUGCCUUUGAUCUGCGCUCACUUUGUCGGCGACGACGAGAUGAAAGAAUGGAUCGUGAGAAAGCUCAACUUGCUGGUAGCUGAGUUGCACAUCCGAUAUACAAGCGAAUACGUCCAGACACAGGGCGACGCCAUUCUAGGAAUCUGA